AAGGCGGAAGUGGUGUCAGGUUGGCGUGCGCGCUCAUGUGAGAGAUUCUGCGGGUUACUAGAGACGCUCCACGGCACGCGCGCUUUAAUAUAAUCGCAUCAUAAACCGGAGGAUUCAUCGCCGACACAUCGAGGCCGUGACACGCGUCUGAUAAACGGUGAGAGAUGAUAAAAACACACAGAAGCAGAGUGAGAGUUGUGCUGGAGCCGGAUGAGGCUUUAUUCAGGCCCGGGAUUAACGGAAACAUCUGCAAUGUCAUUUAUAUUUGACUGGAUCUACAGAGGGUUUAGUGGAGUGCUGCAGUUUUUAGGUUUGUAUAAGAAGUCUGGGAAGCUGGUUUUUCUCGGGCUGGACAAUGCUGGAAAAACGACUCUACUGCACAUGCUCAAAGACGACAGAUUAGGACAACAUGUGCCCACAUUACACCCCACGUCAGAGGAGCUGACCAUCGCAGGAAUGACGUUCACUACGUUCGAUCUGGGUGGUCAUGUACAAGCACGGCGAGUGUGGAGGAACUACCUUCCUGCCGUCAACGCCGUGGUCUUCCUCGUGGAUUGUGCCGAUCACGAGCGUCUCGCAGAAUCUAAGGUGGAACUUGACGCUCUGCUGUCGGAUGAGACGAUCUCCAGUGUGCCGGUGCUGGUGUUGGGCAAUAAGAUCGACCGACCCGAGGCCGUGAGUGAGAUGAGACUACGAGAGGUUUUCGCUCUGGAAGGACAGACCACUGGGAAGGGCAGCGUGUCGCUGAAGGAGCUGAGCGUGCGACCACUGGAGGUUUUCAUGUGCAGCGUUUUGAAGAAGCAGGGCUACGGGGAAGGUUUCCGAUGGCUCUCGCAGUACAUCGACUGAUUUCAGACACCAUUACAUCCGUUCUGUCCUGAUCUUAGUCCUGCUCUGUGAUUAUCAGCAAUAAGAGAUUUGAUGAUUUUAUUGUGUUUUAGUGGAUAUUACUGAUUGGUUCUGUCGUUUUAGUCUCAAUUCUGCAUGUUAAAGAUGGAGGGUGUCAUUUCUGCAGUUUACACACUGCAGCUUUAAAUGCAGAAGAACAUGCUGUCACUUUAUUAAAGCCUGCGAAUGUGGAUGCAAAGUGGAAUCAAGCCAUUCGUUUUUAAACAAUGAUCAAAGUACAAGCACGUGAUAUUUCAGUUCCUGACGCUUUUGCUUAAGUUUUAAAAUUUCGAGUCGCACUGAUACACUUGAGUGUUGUAGUAUUAUUUAGCGUACUCUCAUCUAUAGAUGUUGUAAAAAGCUGAUCUGUGGUUUGAGAUGUAUAGUAUGUUGUAAUAUAUUCUACUGUACAGUGUUUGUGUAGAUAAUGUUCAUAUAGUGUAUGUCAUCAGAUGCCGUUGGUGUUUGUUGAUCAUCAGAUGAAGGUCUGAUAGGAGAACGCCUACGGCAGAGACACGUGAUAAUUUUUUUUUUUGCAAAUUUGUAAAUAUUGUAUAAUGGAGUAUAAAUGUGUUUUUAUUGUUCAUAGCCUUGACUUGAGUGUACAGGAAUCCAUCCUAACAGACUGUAAACAUCUAUAAACUAUUAAUAUUUUGAAGAAUGUUUCUGCAGUCAUUUAAGAUCUUGAUUUUUAAUUGCAGAUUGUUAGUAAUCCUCAAACCUCUGAAACUGAUAAUUCACUCAGUAUCUUUAGCAUGAAACAAAUCUGUCAUUUACUCACCCUCAUGCUGUCCAAACCUGUACCGGACUUACUUUCUUCUGUGAAACACAAACAAGGUGAUUUUUUCAGUACGAUGAAAAUGACCUGACCUGUCUCAGAGUAAAAAAUAAAUAAAUAAAUC